AACCACCCUCAUCGCAAUAAGACUCUCUACAUUCUUCGCGGUUUACCUGGCACAGGCAAGACCGAAAAAGCACGGGACAUUCAGAGGAGGUAUGGUGGGGUGAUCAUCAGCGCAGAUGACUACCAUCGCAAUAGAAAUGGAGAAUUACAUAUCAGACCUGAGAACCUUAAUGAUGGACACAUACGGGCGCGAGAGCAGGCUCUGCAUGCUAUGGAUGAGGGGCUGGAUCCAGUCAUCAUCGACAACACCAACAUGUCAUGGCAGGAGAUGUUCCCCUAUGUACUGAUGGGUUUUUAUCGAGGAUACUGGAUUAAAUUCAUACUAAGAAUUGAUACCUUCAAUGUUUCCCUUGAUAAAAUCGUCAGGAGGUGUCCAAAUAUUCCACGCGGGAAACUGGAAAGGAUGAAGAAGCGGUACCAGUCUGUCAAACAUGUCUAUCAGAUCCUCUGGGAUGAUGACUGUAAUUGGAAGUACAGGUCCAGCAUUGACAGCUGGAAGCCUUGAUUAGAAGGAUGUAGUGUACCUUGCAAGGGCUGUUGCAGAAGUAGAAUCAACAUUGCAGGAGAAAAAUGGUGGGGUGGGGGAUUGGGCGUCUUCAAGUAGACAGAAGUGGACAAACUGAGUUGAGAAAUUAAAAAUCCUGUUGGUCUACUGUAUUUUCUUAUUUCUGAGGAACACUUUUACUCUCUUAAACUGGAAUGUCCUACUCUGGAAUCUACUGUAUGUUAGAGUAAAGCUGAGAGUUUAAAAAUAUAGAUCUUUUUAUUCUUUUAUACAUUUGUCCUUGUUUCUUUUACAUUUCUAAUAGUCGAGAGAAGUUAUUCACUUCCAUGUGUGUUCUGAAGACACACAAAAACAAUAAUGUGAAUUUACGUAUGUCCCUUAAGAUGUUCA